AGGUUAGGUACGCAAACACAUGUACGUAGGUUACGUUCAAUGUAAUUACACUUUUGUGUAUUUGUUUCGCGCUAUCGAAUAAUUUUAUACGAAGAAAGAAGAAUAACUGCUUAUAAUUAACGGCAUGGAUACUGCGGAAGAUUGCAGUGGCAAAUGCCAAGCGUCGGAAAAUGAGAAUCAACAAGUUAACCAAUUAAUACUUGGAUAUGAGAAUUUUCACGAUUACGUUCAGGAAGCAUUCGAUGCCAUAAAACUUGGAAUUAAAUGUGCUAAUAGUUUACCAAGUGGAUCAAACUUCAAUUAUUACUCGUGUUUUCCCAGUUUCCUCCGAGCCAAGGAUGAAAAUACAAAAGUGUUAUUGGACUUUAUGCAGCAUUUAUUGGGAUUAGCUGGCAUAAAGAGCAAUAUAUCGAAUCUUGAUAUCGAAGAGAAGUUUGAUCUUCUAUUAGAAGCGAACGACAUGCUUUUGGACCAAGCCAAUGCCUUAAUGGACAUAGAAUCUGGCAUCGCUAAGAAUACCGAAGUAGAAUUGCUGGUGUCAAGCACGAAGGGUCAACCAGAUGGAGUUAACAGUUCGUGGAACAAACAAGUUUAUCGAUCCCAAGACUCGGAGAAUAUGCAAUCUGUUCGUUUAUUAGCUGGUAAAAAUAUUCAAAGGCCGCAGCUAAUGUUCAAAGACAAAAUUGACAAUAGUUCUAAACCAUGGUGCCCUAGAAUCAAAGACAAACCCAAUUCUUUGAAACCUUUGGCUAUUUAUUUGGAAGAAGGUGAACAUGGUGAAAUCUUUAGUCAUCCUUACGAAUACGAGCUGGAUAUGUUUGUCCCCCCUAAUGAUCAGUUGAAAAAAUCGGUACCAAAAAAGUAUAAAUCCCUGGAUGAAACGUUAUUGGUAAUGGUCAAAGAUCCGUCGGAUAUUCAGUUAUUGAUAGAAGAUCUAAAACGGUAUAAAGAAAUUGCUGUAGAUUUGGAACAUCAUUCGUAUAGAAGCUUCCAAGGAAUCACCUGUUUGAUGCAGAUCUCAACAGGCGAUACAGAUUACCUGAUAGAUACUCUGUCGUUACGAUCUGAAUUACACGAGCUAAAUGAAAUUUUUACUAAGUCUACGAUACUAAAAGUUUUUCACGGAGCAGAUUUAGACAUUCAGUGGCUUCAGAGGGACUUAUCUCUGUACAUAGUAAAUAUGUUUGAUACGCAUCAAGCGGCGAAACAACUUAACCUGCCGUACUUAAGUCUAGCAUAUUUACUAAAACAUUACUGUAACGUAGAUCCUGAUAAACAUUUUCAAAUGGCAGAUUGGCGCAUAAGACCUUUACCAGAGAAACUUAUAAAAUAUGCCAGGGAGGAUACGCAUUAUUUAUUGUACAUAAAGGAUUUAUUAAAGAACUCUUUAAUAGACGUUGCUAAUGGACAAAUCAAUAUUUUGAAAGCUGUAUACGAUAGAAGUACAGAGGUUUGUAAAAAGACUUAUAUAAAACCAGUUUGGACAGAGGAAAGUUGCAUGAUUAUGUAUAGAAAGAGCCAGAAAAUGUUUAAUAAUAAACAGCUUUAUGCUCUAAAAGAAUUGCAUAAAUGGAGAGAUCAAACUGCCAGGCAAGAAGACGAUAGUAUUGCUUACGUAUUGCCAAAUCAUAUGUUAUUGAACAUAGCUGAAACAUUACCUCGUGAAAUGCAAGGAAUUUUGGCAUGCUGCGACUCUAUUCCUCCUUUGGUUAGACAAAAUUUAUUAAAACUACAUAAAGUAAUAUUGAAGGCUAGGGAACAGCCACUUAUUAAGCCGAUCAUUGAAGAUGACAUCAGGCAAAGAUUGACGCAAAGAAAUCCUGUUAACAAUUCAAAAAUGUGGAUGUAUUCACCUCAUGAUAUUCCCAGUGGUAUGGAAGCACGAGCUGACUUACCAUGUUUGUUAGAUGAAAACAACACGAUAGAAGACCAAACUUCGAAUAUUGCGAUGAAGCAUGCAGUGACUGUGUUUGACAGCCCAACUACGUCCGAGAAUGAGGAAACAGAAAUGGACGAGCAGGGAGGUAAUAGAAAAAAAAGGUUUCUCUUUGUAAGUCCGUUUGAACGAUACAAACGGGUUAUACCUAUGAUAGCGGAACAAGAAGCACAGGAAAGAGAAAGGCUAAGACAAGAAGAAGAAAAUCGUUUGAAUGAACUAAAAAGGAAAGAAGAUGAAGUGGCAGAGAGUAAAAAGAGAGUUUACGAACAUUUUAAACGUGUUUCUCAAAUAGCGACAGAAGGAAGUGUGUCAGAUUUACCAAAAAAACCAUCUCAAAUGCCACUGAGUCAAAUGUCGGGUCGUAAAAGAAAACGAGAUUCAAAUAUUAACAAACAAGAUGAAGUACAAGACAAAAAAAAUAAAGAUGAUUUAUCAAAUCCAACUCCGAUGUUAGAAACCAAAACCACUCGAUAUGUAAAACAAGAAUCAGAUGAAAUUGAACGUUUAAGCGAAGAGCGAAAUGUAGCAGAAAGUAUUACAAAAAGUCGGAUACAAGCAUCAAAUAAUGAAAGUAUUAAUGCGAUACGCGCAAAAAAAAAUGGAGGAAAAGACUGUAUAAUUAAGGAGUUGAGAAAGAAAGGUAUGAUGUCAUCAAAAACAUUCGACUAUAAAGCCGUAGAUUUUAGUACUUUUCAAGGAGGUAGUAAAAACGUAUCCAACCAAGUAACAUUUGAACAAACAAUGAAGAGGAAAAGAGAAAAAACACGAAAAAGGAAGAAGCAAAAAUUGAAUAUAUAAAUUGCAAUAUUUCUUAGAAUGUAUUAUCUUCUCAUUCUCGAUGCUAAUGAAAAUAGCAAAUAACGCAACAUCGCGUGCUUUACUGGAUCAUAUACAGAUGAUGUGUAAUAAAUGAUGGUGUUUAUA